AACACACACACACGCUCUCACUCUCUCAGCUCACACACACUACUGGGCGCUAGCAAUGGCGCGGCGGCCGCUGGUGUCCGUGUUGGGGGUGGUGGUGCUCGUCUGCGUGGCGGCGUCGUCGUCGCCGGUGGGGGUCCGGGCGGCGCGGUUCGUGUGCAACGCGACGGCGCCGCGGGCGUCGACGUGCCAGGCGCUGGUGGCGUACGCGCCGCCCAACGCCACCACGCUCGCCGCCGUGCGGGCGCUCUUCCAGCUCCGCUCCCACCGCGCGCUGCUGGCGGCCAACGGGCUGCCGCUCUCCACGCCGCCGUCCGCGCCGGCGCCCUCGCCGCUGCGGGUCCGCCUCCCGUGCCUCUGCUCCGGCGGGGCCGGGGCCACGUUCCAGCGCCCCACCUACCGCAUCCGCGCCGGGGACACCCUCGACGCCAUCGCGCGGGGUGUCUUCGCGGGCCUCGUCACCUUCCAGGACAUCGCCGCCGCCAACAACGUCUCUGACCCCAACAAGAUUGCCGUCGGCCAGGAGCUCUGGAUCCCCGUGCCCUGCAGCUGCGACCCCGUCGGCGGCCAGCCGGUGGUGCACUACACCUACGUCGUGCCGCCCGGCAGCUCCGUCGCCAGCAUCGCGCAGGACUUCGCCACCACGGAGGCCACCGUCCUCACCUUGAACAAGAUGCCCGACGCCAAGAGCCUUCUCGCCGGCCAGGUCCUUGAUGUGCCGCUCCGAGCCUGCUCUUCGGCCAUUAGCAAUACAGCCAUAGACCGCAACCUCCUUGUUCCGAAUGGAAGCUACAUUCUGACAGCCAACAACUGCAUCAUGUGUGGCUGCAGCUCCUACACUUGGCAGCUGGAUUGCCAACCAACGCAAGGAAUAAGCUCAUCUUUCUGCCCUGCUGCAAAAUGUGGUGAUAUGUUCCUCGGAAACACGACCACGUCGCCGACAUCAUCUUGCGAGAGCACGACAUGCUCGUAUGCAGGGUACACCAAUAGCACAUCUUUCAGCAUCCUUGCCAAUCUUACCGCCAGUUCUACAUGCAACGCUGCUUCGAUGUCUCCAAUGUCGCAGCCGGCUCACUCGUCGGCGUUCGGGCUGGCACCGACGUGGUUGAGAUGGACGGAGCUGAUUGUCUGUCUUCACAUCAUCUUGCAGUGUGCAGGCUUCCUCAAUCAUGUAUGAGGAGUUCUUCGUUUUUCUCAGUGCCUGGACUACUAUUUCGUGGUCUCAUGUUGUGGAGUAAGCUGGGUAGUGCCUGUGUGGCUUUUCAUCAGUGUAGUUUGAUUGGAUGUGUAAGUGUGGAGAAACACCAGGGGUUUUGUUUGUAAGAAUGUAGGUCAGGGAGACAUUUGUACCGUCGAACUCUUGCAAAGGUAGCUGUAUGAUUUUGGUUUAAACUUUAUGUUCGGGGCUGUUUUUCCGACAGAGAAUGGAAUUUUAACAGACUCCUCGUUAUAUGCAUGGUUUGCAUCAACUA